CAAGGGCUGGAGGAGGAUGAGAAGUUCCCUUUCACUCCUGUCCCUGUGAAGAGUGAAGAUGAUGAAGAGAAACCUCAGUCCUCACAGCUUCAUCAAGGACUCACUGAGCAGAUGGGAACAGAGGCUGAUGGAGAGGACUGUGGAGGACCAGAACCAGCCAGGAACUCAGAUCCAGAUAUACAUUUACAACCUGAGACUGAUGACAGUGAUGAUUGGACAGAAACUAGAGAACCUCAGUCAGGUUUAAACUCUCUGAAAAAUGAUGAAGUCCCUGUUUGUAACUGGAGAUGGAGUGCUGGUGAGAAACCAUUCAGCUGCUCUGAGUGUGGGAAAAGAUUCGGCUCAGGGCAACAUCUGAAGAAACACAUGAUGACUCAUACAGGAGAGAGACCUUACAGCUGCUUUGUUUGUAACAAAUAUUUUACACAUGGUGGAAACUUACAGACACACAUGAUAAUCCACACAGGAGAGAAACCAUACAGCUGCACUGUUUGUGAGCAGAGAUUCUCUUGGCCUACACAGCUCAUAAACCAUCAGUGUGCUGGGUGUCAGUCCUCACAGCCUCAUCAAACUCAAACUGAGGAGAACGAAGAGGAAGAGCCUCCAGCCAGCAGCUCAGCUCAACAGAUGGAAACAGAAUCUGACGGAGCAGAACCAGCUAGGAACUCAGAUCCAGAUACAUACCUACAACCUGAGACUUUUGACAAGUAUGAAGACUGCUCUGAACCUGAGACUGAUGUCAGUGAUGAUUGGACAGAGACCAGAGAAUAUCAGUCAGGUUUAAACUCUCUGAAAAAUGAUGAAGUCCCUGUUAGUGAUUUUAAAUGUAGUGCUGGUGAGAAACCAUUUAUCUGCUCAAAGUGUGGGAAAAGAUUUGACCGCAAGACACUUCUGAAGAGACACAUGACAACGCAUACAGGAGAAAAACGUUUUAGCUGCUCAGUUUGUGAGAAAUCAUUUAGACAGAGUGGACAUUUACACACACACAUGAAAACCCACACAGGAGAGAAACCAUUUAGCUGCUCCGAUUGUGGAAAAAGAUUCGGCCGCAAGACAAUUCUGAAGCAACACAUGAGAUCUCAUAGAGGAGAGAAACCUUUCAGCUGCUCCAUUUGUAAGAACUCUUUCACACAGAGUGGACAUUUACAGAAACACAUGACGAUCCACACAGGAAACAAACCUUUUAACUGCUCUGAGUGUGGAAAAAUAUUUGGCACCAAGACAGAUCUGAAAAGACACAUGAGAACUCAUACAGGAGAAAAACCAUUUGACUGUUCAGUGUGUGGUAGAACCUUCUCUCACAAGCAAACCUUAGUCCGCCACAUGAGAACACACACAGGAGAGAAACCUUUUAGCUGCUCAGUUUGUAACAAUGUUUUUACAGAGAGAGGAAAUUUACAGACACAAAUGUUAAUCCAAACGGGAGAGAAACCUGUCAGCUGCUCAGUGUGUGUUAAAAGAUUCUCUCACAAGCAAACUUUAGUCCGUCAUUUAAGAAUCCACACCGGAGAGAAACCUUUCAGUUGCAGUGUUUGUGAACAAAAAUUCUCUUGGCCUACACAGCUCAAAAACCAUCAGUGUGUUGGGUGUCAGUCCUCACAGCCUCAUCACAGUCAAACUGAGGAGAACAGAGAGGCAGAGCCUCCAGCCAGCAGCUCAGCUCAACAGAUGGAAACAGACUCUGAUGGAGAGGACUGUGGAGGACCAGAACCAGCCAGGAACUCAGAUCCAGAUACACAUUUACAACCUGAGACUGAUGACAAGACUGGAUCAGGUUCCUGUUAUGAUCCUGAGACUGAACAGUAAUGAUUGGAAAGAGACCAGAGGAACUCAGUCAGGAUGAAACUCUGAAAAUGAAGGCCAUGUCAGUGGGUCUGCUCCAUUUUCAAUGCGCCGAUGCACCACUUAACAUGUAACGGCGCGGGCCAGGAAAGCUGUCAAAAAGGAGUGUAAUCUGUCAGUCUGAAUGACAUUCAUCAGUCAUUGGUCUUCAGUCUCCCUUGACUUGUUUGUGUUUGUACGGGCCAUUUGGUCGUGGUGACAUAAAUGCCGAUCUUGCCACUGAAAUUCAGCAGCGGAUCCAGCUGAUCUGCCGGCUAUGAGAACUGUCAGAUGGUGUGCAGUCUCCGCUACUUGGUCCACCCAAAAGCAUAGUGCCUAGUGACCCACCGAUUCGGGAUGCAUUGCUGGUGAGAAACCAUUUAGUUGCUCUGAGUGCAGUAAAAUAUCUAUUCAUAGUGGGAAUCUGAAGACACACGUGAUCACUCAUACAGGAGAGAAACCAUUUAUGUGCUCUGACUGUGGGAAAAGAUUCAGCUUCGGGCAGCAUCUGAAGAGACACAUUACACUUCACACAAGAGAAGAAUGUUCCUGUUUGCUCAGUUCGUAGAAAUCUUUAACACAAGGUCUGCACCAUUACUGCGCCUGUGUCAUGAACCAUUUUCUUUGUUUUCUCACUCCACCAGACUGUGCUCUUGGUUUAAAGAUAGAGGCCGAAGGAAUGGCAGUGAAAUGUGCUUUCAAACCUUUGUUGAACAGACAGUGCUAUCUAGUGGCUUCAGAAAAUGAAGACAGUGGCUCAUGAGGCUUCAUUUGGCCAUCACUGGCUGGCAGAUCCAAUGGACCGGCCAUAAAAUUUCAGUGGCAAGACCAGUGUUUACGUCAACAGGACAACAUGGACUGUUGAUAAGACAGCGAACUGAUAAAUGUCUUUCAGGCUUACAUAGAAUCACAUCGUAAACAUAAUUGUCCAUGUGGGCAAUCAUUUGUCUCGCGAGCUCUAGAUAAAGCCCAGCUGGAUACUACUCCAGGUGGAGGUGUCUCAUUCUCAGUCACAUCCAGACCUUGAAAAUAAGGCUGCAACCGGUCCCAUUCCUUGCAACAGAGGCAUUCCUCUUCUGUGGGCACUGGGGCACAGCAUUCGCAGGCCAUGAGUGGUGAGUUUAAAAGUGAGGGGAAGAGCCCCCUGACAAUCAGACGGAGGAGCAAUGAGAGACCAGAAGACAUCUUUGGUGAGCUUCUUCAUCUCUGUAUGUUUUAGGGUAUCAGAACAGGGCAGCAGUCUGAGGUCUUUGGAGUAGACAGCUGAGUUACAGUGAGAUUCUGGAGCUGAUGUGUGGCUGCUUGGGCUGGGCACCUGCUGUAUAUAGCAAUCUGUCCUCUAUGUCCGGGGAAAGGUUGCUGUUUAUGAAAGUGGCUUGUCAUUUCACAGCUGGUUGGGUGAAUGGUAAAGACUUAAGUCUGACAGGCUCAUAGUUAAUGCAAGGCUGUACACAGUAAGACGUGAAUACAAGAAAUUAUAUUUGAUCCGAAAUCUGAAAUUGAUCUGAGGCAUGGUGUGAUGUGAUCACAUUUCCUUUUUCUAAACUUUUUUCGGGAGUUAUGUGCCAAACAAGACAUGAUGUGUUAAUUAGUGAGAUAUAAGGUGCUUGAAUUUCCCUAAAUAUCUUUUAGUCUUUAACAAGGACAUUGUUUUCCAGGAGUCAGAGAUAUGUACACUAUAACAUGUAUAGUGUUUGAUGUGGCUAUGUUUUCAUGAUGUGCCUUAGUGGCAGUUCCCUCACACUAAACAACACGGGUCCAAGCAUUGAACCCUGGGGGCCUCCACAUACUGUAUCAACCUUAAUGUAGGUACAAUUCCCAAGAAGCACAGACAAAUAAUGGUCCUUUGGUUAAGAUGCAAACCAAUUUAGAACUGAGACACAAUUCUCAAAUGUUUGAAUGUCAUCAACGAUGUUGAACUGACAACUAAUUAACACAUUAAAUAUUGUUUGUUUAAUUCACAGAAGACCCCAAUUGUGAAAACAACAUAUUGUUCUUUUUAUGGGGAGUUAUGUGCCAGACUAUUUCCUGAUGUCUUUCUCUCAUCAUGAGCAGAGACUCAAGGAAGUGACUUUGUCAAGAAUUAGUGAGGCAAAUAUUCACACUUUGAACUUCACCUUUACAGGUGAUAUUUCUACCAUGGAUCACUGAGAGUUAUUCAGGCCUGAGCCAUGCGUCUAGCUGUUGGUGUGCAUCCCGGACACUGUGACAGCCUGCGAUGUCUGUGAAAAAUAUCCUGACAAGCCAUGUGGUGGAGGAUGGAGCCGCACUGAUGCACAGUGCUGUGCCAAAUUCUUCGACGUGUACAAAAAUUACUUGGAUGCAAAGAACUACUGCGUCAGACAAGAAGGGGGUCAUCUGGUUUCAAUCCACAAUGAGGCUGAGAUGAUGAACGUGCCUUGUAUAUCUGCACGUGCCAUGGGUGGUGUUCGCCAUAAGUUUUGGAUUGGAGCCCAGAAUGAUGGAUCUGAGUUCAAGUACACUAGAUGGCAUCGUGGUGAGCCGAGCAACUAUCAUGGACGGGAGCACUGCGUCGAGUCGAACUAUAAAAACUGGGGAUACUGGAAUGAUACACGCUGCUCAGACAAGAAAUACUUUGUGUGCGCCAAGAAUAUGUGAUCAUCAGCUGAUUUCACAUUUUCAGUCAGUGUCGACAUCGACAGCUGAUCAGCUGUAUU